AUGUAUAAAUUGUAUGAUCCUUAUUUUUUUUUACAUGCAAGUAGAAAAAUAAACAAUAUUAAGAAUGUAAUAAUUCAUACCAGAGGUAUAAAAAUAUCGAAGAAAUUAUAUUCCGAAUUUUUUAUCUUUAAUUUUGAAAAUGUUGAAAAUUUAAAGAAGAUAAAAGAGACACCCUCCACUAUUACAAUAAACCACCUACCCCAAAAUGUUGAUGAAAAUAAAAUAGACGAAAAAAAAAACCAACUAUAUGAAAAUAUUUUGGAUAAAUCGAGGCUUAAAAAAACAAGAAAAGUAUUAUCAUUAGUAAAAAAGAAAUUAAUAAAUUAUGAGCAAAUAUAUUUGAAUAAAUAUUUUUUUAUAUUUUAUAAAAAUAUAGAUUGUCUCUUAGAUUUUGAAAUAAUUAAUAUCAUUUAUUUGGCUGUAAAAUAUAAAAAAUAUAAUUUCUUAAGAAAUAUUGAUAAUAAUAAUAAUCUAAAUUAUGGGGUGACAACAAAUAACUAUUCUAACUAUCUUACACAUUCGGGGGAUACAUUGAGCAGUGCUAUUGUUGAAGACAUAUCAGAUCAUGUAAUAACUCAAGGAGGUGAAAUAAAUCAAGGAGAUCUAAUUUAUACCGAUAUACGAGAUCCAAAUUUUCAUGAAGGCAACACAUUUGAAAAAGAACCAAAUGAUAGUACUCAUAACAUGCUUAACAAUAAAAUAAAUACAGAGUUAGAUAAACAUCCUAAAUCAAUACAACAAAAUAGUGUCAAAAGAAAAAGCAUAGAUUAUGUACAAAUGUUUCUUUAUGAAUUUAUAAAAUUAUUAAGAGAGAAAAAAAAAAAAAUUAAUGUAACGAUAUUCGAUUUAUAUAAAUUAACAUAUUCUAUAGACUAUUAUAAAAUGUGCAUGGGACAAAAAAAAAUUCUUAGCAAAAAUAAUAAAGGAAGUGUAAAUAUUGACAUUAGCUUUAUAAUUACAUAUUUAUGUGUAUUUUUAAAAAAUGAAAUUUAUAAUAUUCAUGAAAAUAAUAAUAAUAAUCAAAUAAAAAAUGAGAAAGACUUAAACAACCUUCUAAACAUAUUAAUAAUGGGACAAAACAGUUUGAAUGCAUAUUUUUUUAAUUUAUUUUACGAUUAUUUAUUUAUGAUUUUAAAAAAAAAUACUUAUCCAUUGUCAAUUAAAAAUAUAUGCUUAUUAUUGCAAAUAAAUAAUUUUGAAAGAACUCAAUAUGAUCCUUUCUUUUUCUCUAUACUUUUCAAUAACCCAAAAAAUCGAAAAAAUGAAAAUAAAUAUGAUCAGAAAAAUUAUGUAGAUAUAGUUACUAAAACACCACUUACAUUGAAGGAUAUAAACUAUUUAUUUUUUUAUCAACUAAAAAAUAAUAUAAUAUAUAACAAUAGUUCUUUUAAUAUAUAUCUUAUUAAUACACUACUAAAAUCCGAAAUAAAUUCUUUUGAAUUCAUACAAAAUGUUGAGUUGUUUUCUUUGAUGUUACUACAUUAUAAUUAUUCAAAUUUAUAUCUUAACGAAAUAUAUGAAAAAUAUAUCGAGCUCAUAUAUAAAAUGCAAUUGUAUAGUCGAGAAAUAUCUAGACAUGUAAUAAAUCAAGAGGAAACAAAUAGUUGCCAUUAUAAAUUUGAAAAUAAAAAUGAAAAAACAAAUAUUUAUUUAAAUAUAAAAUUUAUUAGUACCUUUUCUUUGGCAUUAUAUAUUAUUAGAAACAAUUUACGUAUUAACGAAGAAUUUUAUUUGUAUAUAUUUUAUUUGUUUAAUAAUUAUUCUCAUUUAUUAACACCUUAUGAAUAUGUAAUAUUUUUAAAUUUUAUAUAUUAUUCUAAUUUAAAAAAUGAACAAUAUUUUAGCAAAAAUAAUUUGUAUAAAAAUACAAGCAAAUUCUUUAUAAACAGUGGAACCAAUGAUAUGGAAUAUCUACCUAUCGAUGACAACAUUUUUUUUUCAUGUGUUUACAAAAAAAUACAACGAAUUUAUUUAUAUAAUAACGAUAUAGAUUUGAAACGGGGUAACAAUAUACCUCUAAAAAUUAUGAACAAUACAGAAAAUAACAACACAAUGAAAGAAAGUAAUUACUCAAAUGGCUUGUCCAAGACCCUAAAAACAGAAAAUGAAACUUAUAAUAACAUAGGGAAUCCCAAAUUAAUAGAAGAUAAUGACAUCGCCAUGAUAAAUGUAAAAAAUAAAAGCUACUUUAUGCACAUAUUAGACAUAUUAUUAUUGCUUAAAAAUAAUAGUUACGAUAACAAGUUUAGCGAGUAUUUAUUUAAUUUGUUUGAUAAGAAUGUGUGGAAAUACAAUAUUAAUAUUUUUGAUAUUGACAAGAUUUUAUUUUCUUACACACAAUUAAAUAUGCCAAGAAAUUCUAUAAAUUUAUAUUUGUUGAACUUUAUAGAAAUGAUAAAAAAAAACAUUACUUGCAAUGAUAAUAUUGAAAAGGAGACUUAUAUUUUUUCUUUCAUGUGUAACAUAUUGUUAUCUUCAUCAGAAUUAAACAUACGAGAUAUAAUUGAUCUUGGUAUAUUCGAAAAAUAUGUACUUAUAAAUAUAGACAAAAUAAAUAUCAAUUCAAUUUUGAUUUUAAUACAACAUUUUAUUUUAAAAGAAGAAAAAAAAGAAAAUGUAUCUAUAAUUACAUUUUUACUAUUAAAUUAUAUAAAGAAAAAAUAUGGGAUUAACGAAAAUAAUUCCAAUACUAAUGAGGAUGGAGAUAUAGACAAUAAAUUAGUAUCAUCAUUAGAUGAGUUAAAAAAAAAAAAUGAUAAAAAUUAUGAUUUUAUAAAAAAUUACUUGGAAAAACAACGGCAUAUAUAUGUACCAAAUAAAACAUAUAAGGGAAGUUCAAGUUAUAUAGAUAAGAACAAAUUACAAAACAUUUCUAUUAAAAAUGAAAACUAUAAUUUAUUAUUUAAAAAAAAAAAUGAAGAUGAUAAUUACGAGUUUUUACUUAUCAGAUUUAUUUUUAUUUAUAUCUUUACACAUUCAAAUUUAUUUCACGACAACUUCAACUAUUAUUACAUGCAUGGAGAAGUGCAUGAAAAAAAUUAUUAUAAAAAUAUGUUGAACAAUUUUAAUAAAGUUAUAUUACACUUGAAAACGAAUUUUUUGGAUGUUUUAAAUAUGAAAGAAUAUGAAAAUUUUCAAACUGAUGAAUUAACUAGUUGCCAUUAUGAUUAUCAUCAGAUUAAUGAAAUAAAAAAACAAAAUGUAUACCCAAAUGAUAGUCAAAAAUGUGAAAAUAUUACUAGAGAAAUAAAUGUGGACUUACCUACAAACAAUAUCAGUGAAUACAAUCAAAAUGAAACCCUUUCAAACAUAUCAUAUUCCAUUGAAAAAAAUAUAGAGAAUAAAUAUAACAUAUUAAGUAAACCAAACUUUUCUUUGUUAAUAAAUUAUUUGUUAUUUAUUUUUAAACAUAAUAUAAAUUUCAUUGUACAAGACAAAAAUUUUAUAGAGAAUAUGAAAAUGCAACAUUUUUUUGUAAAAAAAUUUAAAAACUUAUAUUAUAAUUAUAAAUAUUCAUAUAUUUAUAGAAAUAUAAUAUUAUCUAUAAUAUAUAAUAUGAAAAAAGCAAAUUCUUUAAGAACAAAUUAUAUUUUAAAUUUCAAAAAACUUUCUCAAAACGAUAACAACAGUUACAAUACUAGUGAAGAAAAUAAAUUAGACAUUAAUGAAUAUGUCAAAAUUAUUAAAUUUUUCCAUCAUGUAUGUAUACAAGAAGGGGAAAAAGAGAAUUAUAAAAAUAAUGCAUUUUACAAUUAUUUAAAAAAAAAUAAUAUCAAAACUUAUGAUAAUGAUAUUAAUCACCAAAGUUAUGAGAUUUUAUAUAAUACUCCUAUUAUUAAUCAAUUUAGCAAUUAUCAAAUAACAAACAUAUAUAUAAAUACUAUAUUUUUUAAUUAUAUAAUACCUAUGCUUAUUCAAACAAGUGAAGAAAAAUACUUAGCUGUUCAAAUUAUUUUUAAUCCUAACGAAAAUAUAAAUUCAUAUAUGCCCUCAUUUAACCUUAUGAACAGCUUUUUAAACAAUUACAAUUAUGAUACUAUAUUAAUUAAAAAAUAA